AUGGAUAUAAAUGAUGAUAAAUUUGAAAAGUCUAAUUCAGAAGAACGCCCUGACAAUGAUGUUGGUCCAGCAACAAUGUAUAAAAGAAACAUUUUUGGUCGACAAAAAACCUGUAUGUACCCAUUCCUAAUACAUUCUUCAAUAUUUUUAUGUAAGUAAUAUUUUAUGGUUUAGUAUCAGAGGCUUCAAUCUACAAUCCUAUUGAUCCUCAAUGCCAAAAUAAGGGUAGAAGUGAGUAAAAUAGUAAAUUCUAUAAAUUUUCAUGAGUAAUCUUUACUCUUGUAUGUAUUUUUAUCUUUGUUUUUACAUUGAUAAUUUAGAAUUUAGUUUGGCAGAUAAGACUCUAGAUUGCAUUACAAAUUGUUUUUGGCAAUGUUCAUCAUGUUACCAGUGCAACGAAAAGUAUAGAUAUAAAUAA